GAGGAAGGCGCUUGUUGUUUCAGACGGCUGCUGCUGUCACGUUUAACUCAUUCAAUCACACAAUAAGGGGAGUGUUUGUAUUUACUGGAUAUUUACUGUCCUCAAAACCUCAACUAUCUGUCAAACACGGACGUAUUUUGGAGGAAAACAGGAAGGUCAUUAUGGUGAAUGAGGGGAAAGGUGGCCCGUGGAGCCGCAAAGCUUCACAAAAGUCUCCAUCAUCAGAGCAGGACAGCAGAGGGUCCGAAAGAGCCACAGGAGAGUCCCCCUGUCCCAGUAAUGGACCUGUGGAAGUGGAGCAGAUUAUAAGCAGGAAACUACAGUUGAAGAAGAAAGCUGAGCAUUUGAAGGCUGAUCUGAUGCGUCAGUUUGACACUCAGGUUAAUGAGUUUAUGGACAAUCUGAUUGAGGAGUCUGCCGGUCUGAGUUCAUCCAAUGUCAACACAGUCUUUCAUCUGUCAGAUAAGGAGAGAAGUAAACACAGGCACCCGCAAACAUCUCAGAGCCAAAGCAAGCAGUUUGUGAUUCGACGAUCACUUUUAGAUGAUCUGUUCGAGGUGAACCACAUCCGUACCAUCUAUCACAUGUUUAUUGCUCUUCUCCUCCUCUUCAUCUUCAGCACUCUCAUCGUGGACUUCAUCGAUCAGGGCAGAUUGGUGCUCGAGUUUGACUUGUUGGUGUAUGCAUUUGGCCAGUUCCCUCUAGUGGUUGUCACAUGGAUGUGUAUGUUCCUUUCUGCCCUUGUGGUUCCUUUUGUACUGUUGAGUGGCUGGGCCAGCGUCUACACGACAUCAAACCAUGGAACCCUGUGGACGGUAUUGGCUGGCUUCGUUCUGCUGCUCUAUCAGGGGCUGUGUUUGGGAUUGAUGCCCACAUAUGUGGUGCUGAAAAACAGCCUUCCCCCUGCAUCAUGCUUCAUUCUCAUUCUAGAGCAGGUUAGAUUUAUAAUGAAGACUCACUCCUUCAUCCGAGAAAAUGUGCCAAGAGUACUGUCCUCAGAACGAAACAAAACAGAUUUAGUAGCUGUGCCUCAUCUAAACCAGUACAUUUAUUUUCUGUUUGCCCCCACCCUAAUAUACAGAGACAACUAUCCAAGAAAUCCAUAUAUACGGUGGGGCUAUGUGGCUACAAAGUUCGCACAGGUUCUGGGUUGUUUGUUUUAUGCCUAUUAUGUAUUUGUGCGGCUGUGCAUUCCUCAGUUUCAUAACAUCAGCAUGCAACUCUUUGACCUGAGGGUCAUGGUGUUGUGUGUCUUCAACUCUAUAUUGCCAGGUGUACUGGUUCUCUUUCUGGCUUUCUUUGCCUUUUUACACUGCUGGCUCAAUGCAUUUGCAGAGAUGCUACGAUUUGGAGACAGAAUGUUUUAUAAGGAUUGGUGGAACUCCACUUCAUUCGCCAACUAUUACCGUACUUGGAAUGUUGUAGUACACGACUGGUUGUAUUACUAUGUUUACAGGGACUUCCUGUGGAUGACACAGAAGCGUUUCCGGGCAGCGGCCAUGUUGCUCGUCUUCACGGUGUCUGCUGUAGUACACGAGUAUGUACUGGCCAUCUGUUUUGGCUUUUUCUACCCUGUCCUGUUCUGCAUCUUCAUGUGCUUCGGAAUGGUGUUUAACUUUGUCCUUCAUGACCGGAGAAAAGGGCCAAUCUGGAAUGUAGUUAUGUGGACGUCACUGUUCUUGGGUCAGGGAGUUCUCACCUGCCUUUACUCUCAGGAGUGGUACGCACAACGUUACUGCCCUAUAAAAGAGCCCUCUUUUAUUGACUUGCUGAAGCCACGAUCCUGGACGUGUUAUCCACAGUCUAACACUGCUGUGGAUGCUAACUAAGCCACACCCCCAGCCAAUUAAACGGGAUAUUAAUUGGAGAAAAGGAGAGGAGGUCAACCUGUUCUUGAGUUGUUUAAAACAUUGCACAAAGACCAAAAUCAAAGUGACUAUUUUAUUGUACACAGAGGCCUAGGCUAUUUUAUGUGUUGAGAUCUGAAUUAACAAUAUUUUUGUAAGUUAACAAUGUCCCUCAUGAAUAUUUAAUGGUUCGACACUUUGUUAUGAUUAUGAUCAUGAGCUGGCUGAAAUGGAUUGUAUUUUUAAAGCAUUUGUGAUAUUAUUAGGUUGAGGUCACAUUAUCUCUCAAGUCAUAUCACUGUAUUCUUAUAAUUUGAUAUUGGUGUUAAAUAUUGAAAGAAUACAAUGUAUAUUAAUGCGGAAGACAAUACUGAGGUUAUAGAUGAGAUGUUAGCCUUUUGACUGGUUUUGACUUGAACUACACAACAUUUUGCAACGUAAACAAAGCUGCUAAAACUCUAGCAGAUUCCUAUUUUAUUCCAUACUGCCGUGAAGCACAAACAUUGUCUUUCAAAUGACCUUGGAGAUUUUGAUGGAGGGAAUGCCAUUUUAAAGAGCAGAAGUAUUUUUAAAGUGUCAAUGAUAUUUACUUUGGUCAUUUUAAAGUUUGAUGAGUUUAACAAGCCUGGUGAAAUAUUUCUGUAUACUUAUUUAUUGCACAGUAGGAUAUGAUGUAUUUCUACUUGUUGAGGUGUUGCAGCUGGCUGCACUCAAGUAAUCUAUGUUUUUACACUACUUGUCUUGGACCAUACAGGGGUUUCACUAAAUUUGUUGUCAUCUAAGACGUUUGAAUGUCAUUUGUUAAUGCAAUGGUUUUCGAGUAAAUAUUUUUUCCAGUUACAAGGUAAAAACAUUUCUGAAAUACUGCGUGACUGUAAUACCUGUGAUGACCGGCAGGUGGUGAUAGAGAAUUGAAUGUAAGGAGUGUGUCUGUAAUGGUAUUUACCUUUCCUAAAUGGCACGGGUUAUGUAAAUACUUUAUUAUAAUUUACAGAAUAGUCUAUUGUAAUUUUUGUGACAAAACGUAUCAAUGUUUUCUAACAGAUGCCAUAUUUUCUAAACCUGGGGACUGUUUUGAAAUGUUUCAUGCACAACAUGCCUAUAAAAGACAAAUAAACACAAUUUAACGGAA